UUGCUCACUGAAAUUGGGGAUUAGGGUUAGAGUUUACUGCCUGCAUGUUUAGCACUCUAAUUGCUAGGCCUAACUAGAGCAGAGUAGUAUAGUGGAUUACAUGAGUCCUAACUAGAGCAGAGUAGCAUUAUGUGUUACCUAACUGGAGCAGAGCAGAGCAGCAUCAGUGGAUUACAUUGUUAUUUCUUAGUCCAAAUUGUCAGAGCAGCAUUAGGUGUUACCUAGCUAGGGUAAAUAAAAGCUUUGCUUAUAUGUUAACUUAAACAAAGCUCUGUUUAUAUGUUAACUUGUGUAUAUGUUAACUUAAACAAAACUCUGUUUAUAUGUUAACUUGUUUAUAUGUUAACUGAAACAAAUCUUUGUUUAUAUGUUAGACAAUAUGUUAAGUAAAAUUGUUUAUUAACCAAUUUUGUCUGUUAUUUCAUUUUGCAGUUUGUAUGAUGACAUUUUGGAUGUUAGGUUCUUUUUUGAUGCUUCAGAAAUGUUAGAGCUGAAGCUCUGCAGUUCAGAUGUAACAUACCUGAAUAUGAUUGCAGUGAUGGAAACCCAAGGAUUUAGUGAAUAUGAUCUGCUGUUUCACAUUGAGAAUCCAGAUUUAGGGGAGAAAGGAUUGGAGAUGGUAGAGAGUAAUGCUGAGUUGCAACUAGUAAAGAGGCAGGUUGAGGAGUGUAAGGUUUUAAAUUUGCUAGUGAGGGCAUGUCCACCUCCUUGCAGCAAGUUUCAGAGGCAAGAAUUAUCCACUGUUGUGUAUGAAGAGCCUGUGUUAUAUGAUCUCAGUGAGCCACCCAUCUAUGCUGUUGAUGAAGAAGGAGUUGCCUUUGAAAGUCAGAGUAGCAGCUGCAGUUUAGUAGCUCAUGGUACUGGUGUUUGCACACAAGAGAGCAAGAAUGUAAAAGGAAAACUGAAAGCUGUUUUGGAAAUAGAAGAAGAAGAGGGAUAUGAUGGCAGUGGUGGUUCUGAUUGUGAAGGUGAAGAUGACAGUGAUGUAAACCCUUUUUAUAUGGGUGAUGCUGAUGACAUAGAGAUGGAUGAGGGAAAGAAACAGAGAGAGUAUGAUGAAGUAGAAGAGGAAGAAACAGAUGAUGAAGAAUCUGAGGAGGAAGAAAUGGUGCAUUACUCUGGUGACACAGAGGUUGAGGAACCUUUUGAAAUGGAUGAAGAUGACAAGGUUGUUUCACAGGAUGAAGAAACUGUAAUUGUACAUGAAGAGAAGAAGAAGAAGAAACAGAAGCUUCCAGUUAGGAAAGGGCCUACAACAAGGACACAUUCAAGUGUAGUUCAAGAGGAGGAACCUGAUUUCCAACCUUCAUCUGAUGAAGAAGAGAAAGGAUUGUUGAAGGAGGCUGAUGAUGAUGGUUAUGAGCCAUUGGCAUUUGUGCUGCCAAAGAAAAGGAAGAGCAGGGCAAAGCAGAGGCCUCCUAGAAAAUGGUACAAUGAGAAAAUGGAGGCACCACAUGAGCAAUUAUGUCUACAGAUGUGUUUCAAGGAUCAACAUCAAUUCAGAGAGGCUUUGUUGAACUUACACAUCACUCAAGGCAGAAACUUCAAAUAUCAUAGGAACUCAGAUCAAAGAAUAAUUGUAGAAUGCAACCAAAAACAUUGCAACUUCUUUAUGGUGGCAGCAGUUAUAAAAGGUGAAACUACUUUUGUAAUUAAGAAGAUGAGAAUUAAGCACACUUGCCCUAUUAGUACAGAGACAACAAGGGUAAGUGCCAAGUGGCUUGCACAGAAGUAUGAGUCACUGUUCAGAUCUGAUCUAACAACUGGCAUUCAGACUUUGAUUGAUGCAUGCAUGGAGAAGUAUGGUGUGGAUGUGCCCAAGUCAAUGGCAUAUAGGGCAAAGAACCUAGCUAUUGAUGUUGUGCUAGGAGACCACAAGAAGCAAUACCCUAGGUUGAAAGACUAUGCUCAGACAGUGAUGGAUACAAACCCUGGGAGUAGAGUAGUAGUCACUACUGUAACUCCAACACCCACUGAAAAAAUCCCCCAUCCAGGUCCAAGAUUCCAUGCUAUGUUCUAUUGCAUCAAUGGAGCAAGGGAGGGGUUUCUCAAGGGGUGCAGACCAUUCAUUGGUUAGUUUGUUCACCUUGUGCAUUAGUUACAUAUUGUUUCAUCUUGAAAUGCAUUUGAAUGUUUUUAAUACUGAAUUUGCUUGCUCAGGUGUUGAUGGGUGCUUCAUUAAGUUAACUACUGGUGCUCAACUACUUGCUGCCACUGGUAGAGAUGGCAACAACAAUAUAUACCCACUAGCAUUUGGUAUUGUUGGGCAAGAGGACACACCUAACUGGUGUUGGUUUCUACACCAACUUAAAAUCUGCCUAGGAGGAGAAGUGGGAAGGUUUGGUCCAUAUACAAUAAUGUCAGAUAGACAAAAGGUAUGUGCUUGCAUCUUAUGUCAUUGUUCCUAUAUGGUUGUUUUGUGCUAGAUAGUAGCUUAGCUAGUUUAAUUGUGUGUCCCAGGGCCUACUAAAUGCAGUGAAUGUUGUCUUUCCUAAGUGCAACCAAAGGUUCUGCCUUAGGCAUAUCUAUGCAAACUUCCAAAAUGCUGGGUUUAGGGGGGAAGAUCUGAAAAAGUGUAUGGAUAAUGCUGCCUAUGCAUAUAGUGAACACAAAUUUAACAUUGCAAUGAAUGACCUUAGAGCUGAGUGUGAGCAAGCUUGGGAGUGGCUUUGUCAAAUACCCAAGAAAACAUGGGCAAGGCAUGCAUUUGACACAAACUGCAAGACUGACCUUGUAGUUAACAAUUUAUCUGAGGUGUUCAACAAGUAUGUCCUAGAUGUUAGGAAGAAACCAAUUAGGACAAUGUGUGAUGGAAUAAAGGAUAAGCAGAUGGUGAGGUGGCAUAGGAAUAGGGAGAGUGGAAAGAAAGCUAGAUGGGACAUAACACCCCAUUAUAGUGAGAAGCUAGAGGUUGAGAAGGAGAGGGCCAAAUAUUGCAAACCAAUUCAAGCUGGUGUGGACUUGUGGCAAGUUACAAGUGGGCAGCAAACCCAUGCUGUUAACUUGCAAAUGCACACAUGUGGGUGCAGAAAAUGGGACCUAAGUGGCAUCCCAUGUAACCAUGCCAUCUCAGCAAUAAACAAGGCCAAAAGAAAACCAGAGGAUUAUGUCAGCAAGUUCUUCAAGAAAGAAAUUUAUCUGGCAGCUUAUGAACCAAUGAUCUAUCCAGUUCCUGGUGAGCAUGACUGGACAAGGACCCCUGGUCCAGACAUUGACCCACCUGCAUUUAAAGUGAAGAGAGGAAGAAAGAAAGAGAAGAGGAUCAAGGGGAAAUUUGAAGUCCCAAAGCCUAAGGAGACAUCAAGAAUGGGGACUAUAACAUGUGGCAAUUGUGGACUGCAAGGACAUAGGUACACAAGCUGCAACAAGCAGUUGAAGCCUGAGCUGGCUUUGAGGAAGAACAAACAUGUGCCUCUUGCAAGGAAUUCCAAUGCUGGUGCUGCUGCUACUACACAAGCAUCAACAACUUCUCAUCCAACUCCUACAACAACACCAACAGCUGGAACAGGAGCUGGGAGAGGAGCUGGGAGAGGGGCUGCAGCUGCAGCUGCUGGGAGUGGUGCUGCUAGAGGUGCUGGUAGAGGUGCUGCACCAGGUGCUGGGAGAGGUGCUGGGAGAGGGAGAGGUACAUUCUCUGCCCCAAGGCAAUCUGGUCCCUCCACAUCUACUGCUCCCUCUACAUCUACUGCUACUCCACCUUCUGGUGGUAGAAACAGAGGAUGGAGAGCCUACUUCUAUGCAAGUGGUAACCACUAAAUGGCACAUGUGCCAUGUAAUGUUCAAAACUAGAUACUUCAUGUGUGUUCUUGCAUCCUAUGGUACAAUGUGAUCUUGCUGGUGCUCUCAGUGUACUUUGCUGGUGCUCUUAUUGUACUUUGCUGGUGUACUUUAAGAAUCAAUGCCAUAUAUGGCUUUUGUUCAUGUGGAUGGAUGGAUUUAUUUAUUAGUUAAUGCCAUUUCUGGAGCUGGCUUUUGUUCAUGUGGAUGGAUGUGAUCUUGCUAUUUAUUAGUUAAUCAAUGCCUGGAAUGGACUAUGUUCAUGUGGAUGGUUCUUUUUAUAUCUUUUUAUAUCUUUUUAUGAUGGAUAUGUUCAUGACAAUGGUGCAUACUAUUGGAUAGAGUAACUCUGUUGCUGGAUAUAUUGCUGGAUAUAUUGUUGUAUACAUUGUUGGAUAUGUUGUUAAGGUCUAGGCUAAAAAAGAAGCACUUUGGGUUUUCGGUGGCUCGGGGUCGACGGAACCACCUAAAGGCAUCAUUUAGGGUCUAGGGUGGCUCGGGGUCGACGGAACCACCUAAAGGCAUCAUCUAGG